UAUUUCGGUGAAUUGAAGUGAAAGGAUGCGUGCAAAACAAGUCAAGACAAUAUGUGAAUAGCUAGCACUAACAGUCUAGGGAUGCAAGGAUAUAUACGCCUCUCGAUCAGUGAAAGUUCCUAGAUAGCUAGUCUUCAAUCAUGGGCGCACAUUUGGCCAAAAGCUUCAUAUUUACGGUGGUUUGCAUGGUUGCCUGCGGUAGCGUCGUGGUGCUGGUUCGUGCGCAGUUGUCGCCUUCAUUCUAUGCAGAAAGCUGCCCCAACUUGGAGCUCAUCGUCCGGUCGGCGAUGACGCAAGCCGUCGCUAAGGAUGCCACCUUAGGCGCUUCCAUGCUCCGCCUCUUCUUCCAUGACUGUUUCGUCAACGGAUGCGACGCCUCUGUCCUCCUCGACGACACGCCGUCCAUCGCCGGCGAGAAGAAUGCGCCUCCAAAUCGUAACUCCCUCCGCGGAUUCGUCCUCGUCGACUCCAUCAAGUUGCAAGUGGAAUUACAAUGCAGAGCAACUGUCUCUUGCGCUGACAUUCUCGCCAUCGCCGCCCGCGAUGGAGUCAAUUUGCUGGGUGGACCGAGCUGGGUGGUGGCACUCGGUCGCCGGGACGCUCUGACUGCGAGCUCGUCCGCGGCAAUGUCCAACCUCCCGCCGCCGACGGCUGGCCUCAGCACCCUCGCGUCCACCUUCGCGUCCAAGGGGCUCAGCAUGCGCGACAUGACGGUGCUCUCCGGCGCCCACACCGUCGGCAACGCCCGCUGCAGCAGCUUCCGCGGGCAUAUUUAUAACGACACUAACAUCGACGCCGGGUUCGCCAACAGGCGGAGGCUGGGGUGCCAGAGGGUUGGCGGUGACGACAGCCUGGCGCCUCUGGACGCCACGACCUCCACUAGAUUCGACAACGGCUACUUCCAGAACUUGAUUGGUCGCCGGGGGCUGCUGCACUCCGACCAGGAAAUGUUCAAUGACGGCCCCGCGGAUUGGCUGGUGCGGUUGUAUGUGAACGAUCCGGUAGCGUUUGCCACAGACUUUGCAGCGGCGAUGGUGAAGAUGGGGAACAUUACGCAGCUCACAGGAGACAUGGGAGAGAUCAGAUUGAACUGCAGGAGGAUCAACUGAAGUAUAAUUUAGCAAUCUCUAUUGCAAGUAUUAUUAAUGAUUCUAUAGCAAAAAGAUGAUUAUGCUGUCUCUCAUAAUCGUUGCUAAAUUCUAGGAAAGAAGAUAAAUUAUGGAAUUAGCUCCACAAGAGACAUUGAAGAGAUCA